AGGGUUACUGAAUUUAAGGGAGAUAAAUGAUUUCCAUUUACUUUUUGAAGAGCGUCCAUGACUAUGUAACCACAUGUCAAAAAUGUCUUAUUGCUAAGUAGUAAUAUUUGAGCGGCCUGCCGCUACCAUCAGCCUCAACGCAGGAGGGAAGCGUUUCGACUUCCGGCCGCUCAGCGAGAGGUGGAGAGAGAUGCGAAAGCAAAGCAGAGUCAGAACUCAGCAUCACAAUCCUCUUCCCCAGAAAGCCCGAUUGUUUGGGCGAUCGAUCUUGGCCGUUCUACGAGAAGUUUUCUUGUUGGGUAGUUUUUAAUCUUUAUAGUAAGAGAUGCGGUCAAGAAGGCUUGGAGGUGGUAGUGGAGGAGGAGGAGACGGCAGAGAUGUCUCCCCCAAACGCUCCACCAAGGCCAACAUCAAGGACCACCGCUCCGAUUGGCGUCCCCGUCGCUCGCGCCACAGCCUGAGCCCUCCUCCUCGUCCCCGCCGGUCUCGCUCGGUCGAGCGGAGGGACUAUGGCUCCAGGCGCUCCAACUACGGGAAGCAGCACGCCAGGCGAUCCUCGCCAUUCGAGGACAAGCGCUACGAACUCCCACCCAAUUAUGUUCUGCCGGAUAUUCCGCCUGAAUCGAACCGAGAUCUGAACGCCGGCUCCAGGCCGUCCCGGAUCUUCAAAGAUAAGGACUUGCUCCGCCAGGGCAGUGGUGCCCAAGAACCGCCUUGCCCGCCGGGGAUCAAUGGGCAGGGCAUGCUGCUUCAGAAAUCCCUCUUCUUGAAUGAUGGGUCUUCCCGUAGCUACUUCUCACUGCCCCCUGAUGCAAACUAUCCGGCUCGUGCUGCUGCAUUGAAGUCCGAGAACAUGGGAAGCAGUGGCGGCAGUCUGAACAUGGGGAUCCGUGAUGAUGAGUUACUUCACUAUCGUGAUCGCAUGAGUGAUCCAUAUAAAGAGAGAGAGAGGGAGAAGAUUUACACUACCAGAGAUUUUACCUCACCUUUGAUGCCUUCCUCGCAGCUCAGGCCUUAUGGUGGCACCUCUUCAUCUGGCUUUGCAAGGGAUGAUCUGUCAAGCUUGUAUGGUGAUCACCAUCAUCAGCUGUCCGAUGGAUAUGUCGGGAGUGGUGUAAAGAAGUUUCUGGAUGACCCUUUGGACAGAAUUGGAUACAGUCAAGGACAGCUCACUGAGCGAGUGAGGCAGGUCCAUCAUAGUCCACCUGGCAGGGAUGAACCACAGGACUAUGGUUAUAAUGAGCUCUGGCAGAGAGAGAGGAGCGAUCAUGGAUUGCUUGCAUCAAAUGACAUAUACAAAAAGAUAUCAUGGGAUACACGAGGUGGCUAUAAAGACUCACUAAGUUCGUCCUUCUUGAAUACCACAGGAGGAAGGGUUGAGGGAUUGGAUGCUUCUCGGAAGAUCAUAAGUGAGAGCAGUUUCUGGGGCCAGCGCCGUUCUUUUCAUGGAGAUGCAGCCCCAAAAUAUCAUGAAUUAAAAGAGGUUCAUGAGGAUUAUGUUGGUGGCUCUGGAAGUGUUCACCUUGAAUUUGGAACAAAGCCAUUAAGAGGAUGUGACCUUCCAUCAUUUGAAGAACAGUGUGCUUUAGGGAGAGAUGCUGAUUCUAUGGGAUACAGAGAGAGGCCAAUGAGUCCUGUGUUGUCUGACCAUUGUCUACAUUUGUACAGACAGGGUGUGAGCCCUCCACAAGGAAAUUCUCGCAUGGGUGAUCUGGAUAUUUAUGAUCUAUCAUCUGAAAGGAUGAUCAGAAGAAGAUAUGCUAUGGAUAAUGAUAUGAAGGAAAUUGAGCCAAGAAGCAUUAUCUCCAAUGAUCGAAAUGCCUUUAGAAGGAUUCAAUCACCAAGUGGUGGUGAUGAAAUAUGGCCUAAUGAAGAUAGGAUAGGGUUUCUACCUAAGAAAAACAUGGCCUUUGAACACUCCCCAUAUAAAAGGACCUCUCGUAGAAUGUCUAGAUCAGCUGCUCAGUUGCUGUGGGAUGAUUCUUCUCCUCAUGUGGAUGGAGCCCAUGGUAUGAGUUUAAAAAGGCGGUUGAUGCCAGGCCCUUCAGAAUUCCAUGAUUCAUUUUCUUCGGAGAGAAGACAAGAAAUUUUCAGACCCUACAAACACUGGAAAAAGGGUAUGGGAAAUCGGCACAGUGGUCUGAAUACCCAGGGUGUUGUUCCUGAUGAUGAUGUUCACCUUGCAAAGGCUGAUCCACCUGAAGAUUCAGAGGAUUUUAAGCAGCAGGUUCAUAAAGCCUUCCUUAAGUAUUCGAAGUCCUUGCAUGAGAACCCACACCAACAAAAAAGAUACCAAGAACAAGGAAAUACUCUUCUUUGCUGUGUGUGUCGCAGCUACUUAAAGGAGUCAAAGGAGUUUGGAGAUGCACACAGCCUAGUGACUCACACUUACCAUUCUCUCAAGGUGGGCCUGAGAACAGAGCAUUUGGGUCUUCACAAAGCCCUUUGCUUUCUUAUGGGCUGGAAUUGGCUUGUGGCUCCUGACAACUCAAGGCUCUACCAGUCCAGACCUGUUGCUGAAGCUAAGGCUCUGAAGGAGGAUCUUAUUCUUUGGCCUCCAAUUGUCAUUAUUCAUAACAGCUCAAUUGGUAUUAAGGUCAGUACUUAUGAACCAAAGGUUCUGGCCAAUGAAGGCAUGGAAGAAAGACUUCGAGGUUCAGUCAGCUUUGCCUUAAUGUCAGUCAUCACCCAUGCACCAAAAGCAGUGAUUGACAAGAGAGAAAAGAGAUGGGGUUUGGAGCAGGAAUUUCGAAUGUUUGCCGUGGAAAACCUGCCAACCAGAGUGUGCUCUUAAUAAAGUAUAAGGCAACCCUUUCUGGAUUGCAAGAAGCAGAAAGACUUCACAAGCACUUUGAUGGUAGCAAUCAUGGAAGGCAGGAACUUUUGCGGAUCACAGCCAACAAAAGCAGCAGCGAGAUUGGAGAAGCCUUGGUUCGGAAGGUUGAGGACAUCCUAUAUGGUUAUAUGGCAGUUUUAGAAGACUUGGAUAAGCUUGACCCAGAAACAAAGAAAAGAUGCGUAAUUAAGAGUAAGAAAGAUAUUGAAGCCAUUGCUGAUGCCCCACUGAAUGCAGAUUGACAGAGUUAUCACUGUCCCAGUAGAAUCUUGACUGGUUACUGGUUAUAUGCCAACAGGUUUGCUUACUCUUUUUCCUUUAUUUUCGUUCUCCCUCUGUGGGUCAGAUACUGAAAGAGUGAUGAAAUGUUUUGUUUAUGAAUGAUAUGUGGAAAUCCAUGGUCAACCAUGCCCGUAA